CAGGAGGCAUUGAACUCGAUCAUGAAGGAUCUGGUGGCCCUCCAGAUGAGCCGACGACCCCGAGUAUCUGGGUAUGAGACCAUGAAGAACAAAGACACUGGUCACCCAAAUAGGCAGAAAAAACACAACAGCAGCAGCCCAGCCCUUCUGAACAACCCCACAGUAACAAGCUCAUGUGCAAGGGCCAGUGAGAAAAAGAAAUAUUUGAGUGACGUAAGAAUCAAGUUUGAACACAGCGGGGAGAGACGAAUUAUAGCAUUCAGCCGGCCUGUGAGGUAUGAAGAUGUGGAGCACAAGGUGACAGCAGUAUUUGGGCAGCCUCUUGACCUACAUUACAUGAACAAUGAGCUCUCCAUCCUGCUGAAAAACCAAGAUGAUCUUGAUAAAGCAAUUGAUAUUUUGGAUAGAAGCUCAACCAUGAAAAGCCUUAGGAUAUUGCUGCUAUCCCAAGACAGAAAUCAUACAAGUUCCUCACCCCACUCAGGGGUGUCCAGGCAGGUGCGGAUCAAAGCUUCCCAGUCUGCAGGAGACUUAAAUACCAUCUACCAGCCCACCGAACCCAGAAGCAGGCAUCUCUCUGUCAGCUCCCAGAACCCUGGUCGAAGCUCACCUCCCCCUGGCUAUGUACCUGAGCGACAGCAGCGAAUUGCCCGACAAGGAUCCUAUACCAGCAUCAACAGUGAGGGGGAGUUCAUUCCAGAGACCAGCGAGCAGUGCAUGCUGGAUCCUCUGAGCAGUGCUGAGAAUUCCUUGUCUGGAAGCUGCCAAUCCUUGGACAGGUCAGCAGACAGCCCAUCCUUGCGGAAAUCUCGAAUGUCCCGAGCCCAGAGCUUCCCAGACAACAGACAAGAGUUCUCAGAUCGGGAAACUCAGCUCUGUGACAAAGGGGUCAAAGGUGGAACCUACCCCCGGCGCUACCAUGUGUCUGUGCACCACAAGGACUACAACGACGGUAGAAGAACAUUUCCCCGAAUUCGCCGCCAUCAAGGCAACCUGUUCACCCUGGUGCCCUCCAGCCGCUCCUUGAGCACAAAUGGCGAGAACAUGGGUCUGGCCGUGCAAUACUUGGACCCGCGAGGGCGCCUGCGCAGCGCUGACAGCGAGAACACCCUAUCUGUGCAGGAGAGGAAUGUGCCAACCAAGUCUCCUAGUGCCCCCAUCAACUGGCGCCGCGGGAAGCUCUUAGGCCAGGGUGCCUUCGGCAGGGUCUAUUUGUGCUAUGAUGUGGACACAGGACGAGAACUCGCUUCCAAGCAGGUCCAGUUUGACCCAGACAGUCCUGAGACGAGCAAGGAGGUGAGUGCUCUGGAAUGCGAGAUCCAGCUGCUGAAGAACUUGCAGCACGAGCGCAUUGUGCAGUACUAUGGCUGCCUGCGGGACCGGGCCGAGAAGACACUGACCAUCUUCAUGGAGUACAUGCCAGGGGGCUCAGUGAAAGAUCAGCUGAAGGCCUACGGAGCACUGACAGAGAGUGUGACCCGAAAAUACACCCGGCAGAUCCUAGAGGGCAUGUCCUACCUGCACAGCAACAUGAUUGUUCACCGGGACAUCAAGGGAGCCAACAUCCUGCGAGACUCUGCUGGGAAUGUGAAGCUGGGGGACUUUGGGGCCAGCAAGCGCCUGCAGACCAUCUGCAUGUCAGGCACAGGUAUGCGCUCGGUCACCGGCACGCCCUACUGGAUGAGCCCCGAGGUCAUCAGCGGCGAAGGCUAUGGAAGGAAGGCAGAUGUGUGGAGUCUGGGCUGUACUGUGGUGGAGAUGCUGACGGAAAAACCACCUUGGGCAGAGUAUGAAGCCAUGGCCGCCAUUUUCAAGAUUGCGACCCAGCCUACCAACCCUCAGCUGCCCUCCCACAUCUCUGAGCAUGGCCGGGACUUCCUGAGGCGCAUCUUUGUGGAGGCCCGCCAGAGGCCGUCAGCUGAGGAGCUGCUCACACACCACUUUGCACAGCUCGUGUACUGAGCUCUCAAGGCCGCUCUGCUGCCGGCUGCCUGCCUCGUGGGCAAGGGGCUGCCGUGGGGCCCAGCAAAAUUGCUGCUUCACCCACGCAAGGCUGUGGACCACAUUGCUGCAGUCCAGCCAGCGUUGGCCUGUGCCCUGUCCACUGCUGGGGCUCAGAGCCAGGGUGGGGGCUGCAGCCUCCAGGACUGGGAGCCCCCAGCCUGCCAGACACAGGAGCCUCCAGUGUCCUAAGUGUCCUAAGCUCAGCAUGGAGGGAAAGGGGCUGGACAGAAUGUGAGGAGCCCUGGUCCACCCCAGCGGGGCUGUAUCAGCAGAACCACCAAGGGUCUGAGUAGUGUUACUUUCAUUCAGAGUGUUACUUUGUUCUUCCCAUGUCUGGAGACCACCAGGGCAUCUCUGAGCUGGAUGAGCCCACCCAAGCCUGAGGUCAAACCCAGCAUCGCAACCAAUGGAAGGCAGAGGCCUGGGCUGUGGUCUUCCUGAAGCCCCCAGGUCAGCUUUGCCAGUCCCUUGACCUUUACCAAAGAUGAAUGAAGCAAAUGUAUGCUGCCUUAUUUAGGGACGGAGAGCCUGUCCUGCCUGCCCUUGUGACCCUGCUCCCAUGCAGGGCCUGAGAUGUGGAGCUGCCCCCACUAAGGGGGAGACCAAGUUUUGUCAAUGCAAUUGUCUGUUUUACAAGUUGGAGUCACUCUUACGCUGUACCCAGUGUCUAAACUGGAGACCGGUGUGCCCUCUGGGCUCUGAGCUCCCUGCUGUCCGCUUGGGCCUUGGGCUGGAUUGGGAAGAGCUGAAAGCUCACCUCUGCUUCUGGUGAGCGCCCAUCCUCCCACAGGAGCAGAAAGGAAAAUGGACAGCAUGGUGAAGGCGCUGACCUGGCUGGCCACCCUGACAGGGCUGUUCAAGGGGGGCGCAGGGUAUUGCAUCAGGCCUUCUGAUUGGUGGCCUGCUAGGCCCGAGCCCUCCCCACCGGUGAAAGGAGGGCCCAUAGGACCACCAACUCUGUCCAGAGCUGCCAGCUGUUCCUCCUUGGCCAGCCUUGCCCAUUCCCAUGAGAUCUCAGCCUCUUUCCCUUCUUGCUCCUCCCCUGGAGGAGAGACAGCAUGGGGGGCAGGGAGCCAGGAUCUCCAAGCAGCUUAGAGUUGGCCUUAUUUACCUCAGCCUGGGCGCUGGUCCUUUCUUCCGGCCCCUCCCCUCCAAAAUGUGCCUAUUGCUAGAGCUCCUCCCUCUCAACACCCAGUUUCCUUGGGAGUUGUCAUUAAAGGAAAAAAAAAAAAAAAGCCAGUGCCCAGGGAUGGGCGUCUCCAGGGAGCUGGGGACCAGCCUUCUCCCAGGGCCACCAGAACAAGCCAAAGCCUUCGGUGUAUGUUGAUGCACUUUUAUGAAUGUAGUUUCUAUCGCUGUUUUUAGCCUUUUCACAUCAUGUAAUGUGAGGCCUUGUACUUGUUAAUUUAUAUCUCAGAUCAUAUUUGAUGGUUUUUAUAUAUAUAUCAAUCUAGACUGUUACAGGUGAUGGACGCCUCAAGAGAGAAGAGGAAAUCAAAGCAGCUGGCUUUGUAGGAAUGUGUAUUGCACGGUGCCGGUCGGGCUUGGGCCCUGCUCCCACCUCCCCCAGGGGCCUCUGAGGACAGAGAGCCUGCACUUCUGCCUCCACCUUGGCCUUGCCCAGGGUGGGGAUGGCCACUCAUCUCAACCAAAGCUGAGGGUGCCAGCUCUGGCCUCUCCACAACCUCCCACCCCCAGUGCCCGGCCCUCUUCUUGGGCCCACACCUGCCCCCAGUCCCCACGUGGUGCCAGGGCUGACAAGACCAGACGACUCUGUGUCCCAGGUUCAGGCUCCCAGAGCCCUGCCCCGGGGUCUUACCUCACAGGGAAUGUUUUUAACAUGAAUUUGCCAAUUAAGUCAACAAACCCCUGCACUCCAAAAACAACAAAAGAUCCUGAUUUUUUUGUGCCAAAAACUGUGGACAUGCUGGCUCAGCACCCUCAGGACCAAGUGUUGUUAAUUUAUUGUUUCUUUUUUGUUAAAUAAUCCAGAUGAAAAGUUGCGGUCCCGGAUGGCCUGGGCCCAGGGGUUCUUGCGAGCAGCCGCCUAGCAGCCCCGGGCUUGCUGUGCGCAGGGCUGUGCCGCGCCGUCUGUCCCUCCUGCCCCCCCACCCGCUCCCCCGCUCUGUGUCUGUCUGAAUUGUGGAUAGUGCAGGAGACCCUGCAGCCAGUUAUUUGACUAUAUCUUGACUGAGGGCUUGCAGUGCAAAGCCAGGCCAGUGUCGCGCAUUACUUACAAUAAAAGGGAACAUUUAU